GCGGCGGCGGCAGACGCGGCGGCGGCGGCGCGGCGCAGGCACCCGCCAGAGGAGCGGCACCAUGAGCGGGUCACAGAACAAUGACAAAAGACAGUUUCUGCUGGAGAGACUGCUGGAUGCAGUAAAACAGUGCCAGAUCCGCUUUGGAGGGAGAAAGGAGAUCGCCUCGGAUUCUGACAGCAGGGUUACCUGUCUCUGCGCCCAGCUGGAAGCUGUCCUGCAGCAUGGCUUGAAGAGGAGCCGCGGAUUGGCGCUCACAGCGGCAGCGAUCAAACAGGCAGCAGGCUUCGCCAGCAAAACGGAGACAGAGCCCGUGUUCUGGCACUACGUGAAGGAGGUCCUCAACAGGCACGAGCUGCAGCGCUUCCACUCCCUGCGCCACAUCACCUCCGACGUGGGCCGCGGCCGCGCCUGGUUGCGCUGCGCCCUCAACGAGCACUCGCUGGAGCGCUACCUGCACAUGUUGCUCGCAGACCAGGGAAGGCUCAGCACUUUUUAUGAAGACUGGUCUUUUGUGAUGGAUGAAGAAAGGUCUAGCAUGCUUCCCACCAUGGCAGCUGGGCUGAACUCCAUACUCUUCGCAAUUAACAUCGACAACAAAGACUUAAAUGGGCAGAGUAAGUUUGCUCCCACCGUCUCCGACCUCUUAAAGGAAUCAACGCAGAACGUGACCUCCUUGCUGAAGGAAUCCACUCAGGGAAUGAGCAGCCUCCUCAGGGAGAUCACAGCCUCCUCUGCUGUCUCCAUCCUCAUUAAGCCCGAGCAGGAGACCGACCCGUUGCCUGUUGUGUCCAAGAACGUCAGUGCUGAUGCCAGAUGUAAAAAGGAACGGAAGAAGAAAAAGAAGGUGACCAACAUCAUCUCGUUUGAUGAGGAGGAGGAUGAGCAGACCUCUGGGGAUUUUUUUAAAAAGCUUCCUGGGACAGGGGAGAGCUCGGAGGAGAACUCCGACCGGUCCUCGGUCAACAUCAUGUCGGCCUUUGAAAGCCCCUUUGGGCCGAAUUCCAAUGGCAGCCAGAGCAGCAGCUCCUGGAAAGUGGACUCCCUUUCUCUAAAUGGGGAGCUUGGGUACCAGAAGCUCGAUGUGAAGAGCAUCGACGACGAAGGUGUGGAUGACAAUGAGGACGACGCGUAUGGGGACCCAUCAGGAAGGAAGCGUGCGGGCCACCUGGGAUCACCAGAGAAGCCCCUGGAUGGGAACACCUGCCUCUCCCAGGUGCACAGCUGGGCUCCGCUGCAGGUGCUCCACGGCGAUGCUGAUGUCCUCUUCCCGGUCAGCGGUGUGGGCUCCUACAGCCCGGCAGAUCCCCCCCUGGGAAGCCUGGAGAACGGAACAGGACCUGAGGACCACAUUCCCCCAGAGCCUGGGCUUCGGUACAGUGUGGACGCUAGCCCUCCAGCCCAAGGAAGUCCUCUGAGCAGCCUCUUGCCUUCUGCAUCGGUGCCAGAAUCCAUGACGAUUAAUGAACUACGACAAGCUAUCGUGGCCAUGAUGAACAGAAAGGAUGAGCUGGAAGAAGAGAACAGAUCCCUGCGGAACCUGCUUGAUGGCGAGAUGGAACAUUCGGCUGCGCUCCGGCAGGAGGUGGACACCUUGAAAAGGAAGGUGACUGAGCAGGAGGAGCGGCACACCAUGAAGGUCCAGGCUUUGGCAAGAGAAAACGAGGUGCUCAAAGUCCAGCUGAAGAAAUAUGUAGGAGCUGUCCAGAUGCUGAAAAGAGAAGGCCCUACAGCUGAAGUUGUGCCAAAUCUUUGGAACGUUGAUGGCGAAGUUACAGUCCCUGAACAGAAGCCAGGAGAGGUUGCUGAAGAGCUUGCAAGCUCUUACGAAAGGAAGCUCAUUGAGGUGGCAGAGAUGCAUGGAGAGCUGAUCGAGUUCAACGAGCGCCUGCACAGGGCCUUGGUGGCCAAGGAAGCUCUGGUGUCCCAGAUGAGGCAGGAGCUCAUCGACCUCCGGGGCCCGGUGCCUGGAGAUUUGAGUCAAACAUCCGAAGACCAGAGUUUGUCGGAUUUUGAAAUAUCUAACCGGGCGCUGAUCAACGUCUGGAUCCCGUCGGUGUUCCUCCGCGGCAAGGCAGCGAAUGCAUUCCACGUGUAUCAGGUCUACAUCCGGAUAAAGGACGACGAGUGGAACGUCUACCGGCGGUACACGGAGUUCCGGAGUCUGCACCACAAGCUGCAGAGCAGGUUCCCCCAGGUGCGGGCCUACAGCUUCCCACCCAAGAAGGCCAUCGGGAACAAGGAUGCCAAGUUCGUAGAGGAACGGAGAAAGCAGCUCCAGAGUUACCUGCGCAGCGUCAUGAACAAAGUCAUCCAGAUGGUGCCCGAGUUUGCUGCCAGCCCCAAGAAGGAAACCCUCACCCAGCUGAUGCCCUUCUUUGUUGACAUCACCCCUCCCGGAGAGCCCCCGAACAAGAACAGCCGGCCCAAAGCGGCUUCCCGCUUCCCCAAGCUGUCCCGUGGUCAUCCCAGGGAGAUGCGCAACGUGGAGCCCCAGAGCGGUGACCUCUGACCUCAGCAGAAUCCAGAUCCCAGCCACUCUGUCCCUGACUUGGCCACGGCAGCUGGCCUGACGCUUUGGAGUGAUGACCACGUCCACCUGGUCAACCCAGAGAGCACACCUUUCCUGCCGGCCACAUGCCACCCUGAUUAAACUGGUCAGUCUCAGAGCUGCCAGGCCCCUGUCCUGAGAGUGCGGCGGUUCCUCGUUGGACAGACUGGCACACGUGGCCACUGCUUGCCAAGGGCAGCAAAGCCACCUAUUCCUUGCUCGGGCUGGGGGUCCCCAGGUGGAAUGCACAGUGCCCAGGCUCCACAGGCAGUCCCCUCAGAAACCACCCGAGCCUCUUUCCCACGAGGGAAUUGGCCUCUUUUGAACCUGACCACCUGGCUGUACCCUCUGGACAGACAGAGCUCUGUUACCCUCCAUCAGUGGUCACUGGACACCCCGGUGGUAUCACUCCUGUGGGCAGACAUUCCCGCAGACUGUGAUGGAGCCACCGGUGACAUUGAACUUGGGUGCUUGGCUGCAGGAAGCAGCACCACCUAGGAACCCUGAGGCCACGAUGCAGCUCGUCGGGCUGGGUGUGGGCUCCGAACCUCCAACCCAGGCCUGGCCAGGCACUGCUGGCCUCAGGUCAUGGACCUGGCUUGGGGGACCAGUGCAGGUUUAUCAGACUCAGAUCCAUCUGUAAACGGCACCUGAACAGAUCAUGAUUGUUCCCCAAAGACAGUUUGUGAUGCGCCAUCUGUCCCCUUCCAGUGGGAAUGGAACCCUUGUCCCUCCUGUCACAGGGAGCAGGAUGACCAGCGCAGCAGCCCCCUCGGUCCUCUGCCAGCCUGGGUCAGGUGGCUCCACCUCAGAAUCAUGGCACCUCCGCACUGAGGGCCUGUGCGAGGGCUGGGCUAGAGUGUGUGGCCCUGUGCCCAGUGGGCCAUCGUGGCCUGCAUGGAUGACAGGCGAGGGAGGGGUCAUGCAAGGCCACUGUGGGCUUGUGCUUGAACCCUCUCGGUUCAUUGGCUGAAAUCUCAAUGAGCCACCGGUGUGAGCACAGAGCACUUCCUAAGGAAGCAUCACCCAGAAGACUCCUGUGGCAGGGUCCCCAGUGCGGACAGGGAAGCCAUCAACAUGCCCAGCAGAGCAAGAGGCAGCCGAGGGCUUCGUGGGGCCCUGCCGUCAGCUUGCAGGUGCCAGAAUUGCUGGCGUACGCGGCCUCACUGAGCAGAGCAGCCCUGGCCCCUGUGAACGAACACACAGCCCUCGAGGGCAGGGGCUGGCUGCAGGACUGUCUGUCCACCAUCCCCCCUGACCAGGGGGUCUACGCCGAGAUGGCUUCUUCAUCCUGCUGUGUUCCAUAGGGUGGACCCUCCUCAGACACCCGAUCAGCAGGCAAGGAGUGCACUGGCCUCGCUCUCCCCAGCCACCCCACCAGGAACCUCCUUCAACAUUCUGCACAUGAACUUCAAAAAAAUCGCCCGAGAGCUACAGUCAACUGUGUGCUUGUCCUUUAAUUAUUCAUGGAAAGUGGGUCCAGCUCUCCACGACGUGAAUUGUAAGAGGAUGUGCCCAAAGGCUACGGGAAUCCCAUGGUUUGCGGUCUGCCCCCCUCUUCUGAUCUUGGAAGCCCUGGAAUGGCAGUCAUCCCCUCACAGGCGUUCAACGCACAUGUAACCCCCACUGAACUCUGAGCUUUCGUCGCCUGUUUUUUAAAGGCACAACAGCCCACCUGCCACCAUUCUAUCUGUCUGGUUGAUAACAGAGGCCUACCUGGUGCCAGCCGGACACACGCAUAGGAAGGAUGACCACCAUCCUCCCGGUGGGUCCUGCACAGCAGCUGUGGGCUGCGUUUCCUGAUGCCCGAAUCUGGGGCCCUUGCUUUCUCUCAGUUCUGCAUGGGACAAUUUGUCACUCUGAGGAUGGGGUCACAGCAUUGCAGGCCAUGUUCCUGCUCCACCUGUCUGCAGCCUAGAGACACCAGCUGACCUGUCCCAUGAAGGCCAGGCCCUGUUCUCUGGGGUCCCCCUAAACGCCCUCCCCCGCACCA